UUGCGCAUGUGCGUUGCCGGGGUAGCGCAGGGAGACAAAGUGGCUCGAGGAGUUAGGCCUGUUGCUGAGGCAGGGAGGAGGGGCCCGAGGCGUGAGGGAAACCGCUAUGAGGGCCGUGUUGACGUGGAGAGAUAAAGCCGAGCAGUGUGUAUAUGACCUCGCAUUUAAGCCCGACGGAACCCAACUGAUUUUGGCUGCAGGAAACAGAUUACUGGUUUACGACACGUCUGAUGGCACCUUACUUCAGCCCCUAAAGGGACACAAAGAUACUGUGUACUGUGUGGCAUAUGCGAAGGAUGGCAAGCGCUUUGCUUCUGGAUCAGCUGACAAAAGUGUUAUUAUCUGGACGUCAAAAUUGGAAGGCAUUCUGAAGUACACGCACAAUGAUUCCAUCCAGUGUGUCUCCUACAACCCUGUUACCCACCAGCUGGCGUCCUGUUCCUCCAGUGACUUUGGCUUAUGGUCUCCUGAACAGAAGUCUGUCUCUAAGCACAAAUCUAGCAGCAAGAUCACCUGCUGCAGCUGGACAAAUGACGGUCAGUACCUGGCUCUGGGGAUGUUCAGCGGGGUCAUCAGCAUACGGAACAGAAACGGGGAGGAGAAGGUGAAGAUUGAGCGGCCAGGGGGCUCCCUCUCCCCACUGUGGUCCAUCUGCUGGAGCCCUUCAAGAGAGGAACAUAAUGACAUCCUGGCUGUAGCUGAUUGGGGACAGAAACUUUCCUUCUACCAGCUGAGUGGAAAACAGAUUGGGAAGGAUCGGUCACUGAACUUUGAUCCCUGCUGCCUCAGCUACUUUACUAAAGGGGAGUACAUUUUGCUGGGGGGGUCAGACAAGCAAGUAUCCCUUUUCACCAAGGAUGGAGUGCGCCUCGGGACUGUUGGGGAGCAGAACUCCUGGGUGUGGACGUGUAAAGUGAAACCCGAUUCCAACUAUGUGGUGGUAGGCUGCCAGGAUGGCACCAUUUCCUUCUACCAGCUUAUUUUCAGCACAGUCCACGGACUCUACAAGGACCGAUAUGCCUACAGGGAUAGCAUGACUGAUGUCAUCGUGCAGCACCUGAUCACCGAGCAGAAAGUUCGGAUUAAAUGCAAAGAGCUUGUCAAGAAAAUUGCCAUCUACAAAAAUCGAUUAGCUGUCCAGCUGCCCGAGAAAAUCCUCAUCCACGAGUUGUAUUCAGAUGACUCGUUGGACAUGCGGUACCGGAUGAAGGAGAAGAUUGUUAGGAAGUUCGAAUGUAACCUCCUGGUGGUGUGUGCCGACCACAUCAUCCUCUGCCAGGAGAAGCGGCUGCAGUGCCUGUCCUUCAGCGGAGUGAAGGAGCGGGAGUGGCAGAUGGAGUCUCUCAUUCGCUACAUCAAGGUGAUCGGCGGCCCCCCAGGAAGGGAGGGUCUGUUAGUCGGCCUGAAGAACGGACAGAUCCUGAAGAUCUUUGUGGACAGUCUCUUUGCCAUCGUCCUGCUAAAGCAGGCCACAGCCGUGCGCUGCCUGGACAUGAGCGCCUCCCGCAACAAGUUGGCCGUGGUGGAUGAAAACGACACGUGCCUGGUGUAUGACAUCCACACCAAGGAGUUGCUAUUUCAGGAGCCGAACGCCAACAGUGUGGCCUGGAACACCCAGUGUGAGGACAUGCUCUGCUUCUCUGGAGGCGGCUACCUCAACAUCAAGGCCAGCACUUUCCCCGUGCACCAGCAGAAGCUGCAGGGCUUCGUGGUCGGCUACAACGGCUCCAGGAUCUUCUGCCUCCACGCCUUUUCUAUGUCGGCCGUGGAGGUGCCACAGUCUGCUCCGAUGUACCAGUACCUGGAUAGGAAGAUGUUCCGAGAAGCCUACCAGAUUGCUUGCUUGGGCGUGACAGACACUGACUGGCGCGAGCUGGCCAUGGAAGCUUUAGAAGGAUUGGAGUUUGAAACAGCAAAGAAGGCCUUCACCAGAGUACAAGACCUCCGGUAUUUAGAGCUCAUCAACAGCAUUGAGGAGAGGAAGAAGCGGGGAGAGACCAACAAUGACCUGUUUCUGGCAGAUGUGUUUUCCUACCAGGGGAAGUUCCACGAGGCCGCCAGACUGUACAAGAGGAGCGGGCACGAGAACCUCGCACUCGACAUGUACACAGACCUCCGCAUGUUCGAGUACGCCAAGGAUUUCCUUGGAUCUGGAGACCCCAAAGAAACAAAGAUGCUAAUCACCAAACAGGCCGACUGGGCUCGAAAUAUCAACGAGCCCAAAGCCGCCGUGGAGAUGUACAUCUCGGCGGGUGAACACGGCAAGGCCAUAGAGAUCAGCGGCGACCACGGCUGGGUUGACACGCUCAUCGACAUUGCCCGUAAGCUGGACAAGGCCGAGCGGGAGCCCCUGCUGAUGUGCGCCCACUACUUCAAGAAGCUGGAUAACCCUGGCUAUGCUGCCGAGACCUACCUGAAGAUUGGUGACCUGAAGUCCUUGGUUCACCUGCACGUGGACACCCAGCGCUGGGAUGAGGCCUUCGCCUUGGGUGAGAAGCAUCCCGAGUUUAAGGAUGACAUCUACGUGCCCUACGCUCAGUGGCUAGCAGAGAACGAUCGUUUUGAGGAAGCCCAGAAAGCGUUCCACAAGGCCGGGCGGCAGGGGGAAGCAGUCAGGGUGCUGGAGCAGCUCACACACAAUGCCGUGGUCGAGAGCAGAUUUAAUGACGCUGCCUAUUAUUACUGGAUGCUGUCCAUGCAGUGCCUCGAUAUAGCUCAAGACCCUGCCCAGAAGGACGUGAUGCUCGGCAAGUUCCACCACUUCCAGCACUUGGCUGAGCUGUACCAUGGCUACCACGCCAUUCAGCGGUACACGGAGGAGCCGUUCAGUUUCCACCUUCCCGAAACGCUCUUCAACAUCUCCAGGUUCCUGCUGCACAGCCUGACCAAGGACACUCCCCUGGGCAUCUCUAAAGUGAACACGCUCUUCACUCUAGCCAAACAGAGCAAAGCACUGGGUGCCUACAAGCUGGCCCGGCACGCCUAUGACAAACUGCAGGGCCUGCAGACCCCCGCCAGGUUCCAGAAGUCCAUUGAGCUGGGCAGCCUGACCAUCCGCUCCAAGCCCUUCCAGGACAGCGAGGAGCUGGUGCCCUUGUGCUACCGCUGCUCCACCAACAACCCGCUGCUAAACAACCUGGGCAACGUUUGCAUCAAUUGCCGCCAGCCCUUCGUCUUCUCAGCCUCUUCCUAUGAGGUGCUGCACCUGGUUGAAUUCUACCUGGAGGAGGGGAUUACUGAUGAAGAAGCCGUCUCCCUAAUUGACCUGGAGGCGCCAAGACACAAGCGUGAGAAUAAAUGGCAAGAGAUCGCAAGCAACAGUAUCCUGGGUGCUGGCCAGACUCUGUGUGUGUCAGCUGAGCAUCGGCCUGGGAGCACGCCAGGAGGCAGGGGCCUUGGGGGACGAGGCCGAUGCUGCUGGUCUGUGGACCACGUUUGGAGGAGCAGGAUUGAGGAACACCCAGGCAGUUGUUUACUGAAGGACGGAGAUGGGAACCGUAUCUGCACUCACGCCCACCCUCUACACACUCACGUCAGAUGCUUAGGCUGGGUCGUAGCUGCUGUGCGGGGCCACGUCCCGCGCCUGACUCGGCACCAGCAGCCUCCCUUCCCCUGGGGGGCCCUUCCUCAUCGGACCCAGCCAGCCUGGCAGAGGGGCGGUUCCCUGGGAUCCGCAGGCGCUCUCCGCCUUCUCCCUGAAACAGGAUCUGCGAGGCCACCUCAGGUGCCUGCAGACCACCCGGCAGCUGCUGAGUGUUUCUCCAGGAGCUGGCGGGUUUGCCGGCCGUGGUUUCCAGCCAGGCCCAUCGUUGCUGCUCCCACACCGGCAGGCCCACAGGCCUCUGCUCACACGGUGCUUCUCGCCGGUCUCCAUGAGCCGUGCCUGGUCUGAGGGGGCAGCAGAGGCCCGUCAGAGCCCCUUGUCUCCUCCUUCCCCACCUGUGCUCUGGGUGUGGCCCCGGCCUCGUGUGACCGCGGUGUCACCCCGGCCCACAUUCCCUCCAUCCCUCCAUCUGGAAAGCCACUCCACAGACCUUGCCACGCUUCCCCACGGCUGGUAGGGAGAGUGCCACUCAAGGCCUGGAGGGAGCUCCCGUGGGUCUCAACGCAUCGGGUGGAGGGUGGGGCCUGUCCCUCGGCCUCAGGUCCCGUCCUUGACUAGCUCCUGCAGCUUCCCAGACUCUGAGGCUGGACGAG